AUGCCAGGAAAGAGCGACCAACAUGCGACCUCAAUACGCCUUGAAUGGUGGGGUGCCCCCAACACGCCAUGUCCAAAGAAGGCAAGAGGCGGGACGCGGAAGAGCAAGAGCGACCGCACAUCACAGAAGGAGCGACUAGGGGGUGAGGGAAAAGGGAAAGCGUGUCGCCCCAUUCUGGCCCCUAUUCCGCUUUUGUGUCUUGAACUUGCAGAUUUGGUUGGUCGUCUUCGCAUUUCUCCCCCACUUUCGGAAUGUCCCUGCGAAGGAGGUCGGCGACCUUCAUUCGGAGAAUAA